UUAAUGAUGAAAGAUAUUGAAAGUCCUGUAUGGAGUGAUGGUGAGAAGACCACACUGAGUUGUGAAGCUUUUAACUGUACUGGGGAUGUCAAGGUGACUUGGGUCAUCAAACUUAAAGAUGGCACCCAACAUGAGGUCUCCGACACAGGAUCAAAUGAUAAUGAGGAGGAUCAAUCACUAAUGUCCAGAGAGUACCAGGUGACAAAGGAGCAUGACCGUCAGAAGAUGAAAGGACAUGUGACCACAAAGCUGACCUUCAUUCCUUCUAUAUCCAGAUAUUUGGGGUCCACUGUGUCUUGCAGAAUUGUUCAUCAGAAGAAACCUGUAGAGAAAACGUUUGAGGUCAAGACCAUUCAUGCUAAACCCAAGUUCGUUGAGCCCAUACAGUUUACACUAUCUGACCAUGAAAAAGUAGAAAUAUCAGUUAAACUACAGAGGUUUUAUCCUCAGGAGAUGGAGGUGACAUGGUUCUCUAAAAGAGGACAAUCUGAAGAGGAAAUUCCAGAGGUCAUGAAUAACAAUCACAAUUCUGGAGAUACAUUUGAUCUGGAUAGUAAAUGUACAGUUCCUGGAGAAUUAUUCAAAGAUCCCACAUAUAAAGUCAUUGUGAGAUGGAAACAUGAAUCCAUGGAGGAACCACAAUCCUGGGAGAUUUCUGCAAGAGACCUCCCAUGGCAUCCAAAACUACAGAGAUUCGCAAUAGAGAGCAUCUUCCAAGAUGACGAGGUUCUCUUACAGUGCCGGGUGUCAGACUACUUUCCCAAUGCUCUGGCUGUGAAAUGGUUUGAGAGGAUA